AUGGACUUUGUCAUGUCUCAACAGGAGGGAUGCGUGUUUGAGCUGUACUGCCAGUUUGGUCCUGACUACCCAUUCAAGCCUCCACUCGUCCACUUUGUCACAACCGUGUACCACUGCAAUGUCAACAGUGUGGGCCGCAUCUGCCACAACUUAUUUGACUGCAACUACAACACGCACAUCACCAUGAGAGAGAUCCUAGACGCAGUGUACGGACUGCGGAUCAUCCCUGAGCCUGAGGAUCCGCUGGACAGCAUUUUGGCUGAAGAAUUCCUGACGUGCCGGGAGACGUAUGAUCGGGAAGCUGAGAAACACAGAAGAAAUCUGAUCUUAACCCUGGUGAAAGCUGUUCCACAGUUUAUACCCCAACAUCUGAUCUGUCCGCUUACCAAGAAGAUGUUUGUUGAUCCUGUGAAAAUGGUGUAUGGCACCGUGUAUGAACGUAUGGCCAUUGAGGAACACCUGAAGCUACACCAGUACGAUCUGACUGCCGGCCCAGGAAAUGAGUUUGAAAUGAGUGACAUCAGAGCCGACCAGGACAUGAAGAAAAUGGUGAUGGAUCAUCGCUCUCAUCAAAUUAGGUUCUAG